GAUGAUCUCUUGUAUAAAUUUAUUAGUUAGAGAAAUUGUAGUAUUAGGCUGCAAAUGUUGAAUUGCUCUGGCUUGCUGCUGCGCCCAGUACUGCUUGUUGACUGCACAUUGGUGACUGCAUAUAUAGAGAACCAGCUGUCUGGUACUUGCUUCCAUAUUGCAUCAGAUUGUUUUUUACAAAUAGAUUGAUCAGAUUACGACCUCCUUUGAGAAUAUGUUGACACACUUUAAACAAGCAGCUUGCUGGCAUGUACAUUUUGUUCGACAUGUAUUUUGUAUAUCAAUAAAUCAUGGUAGUGCAGGUCUGCUCAAAACAAGGAUAAUUAUUUCUAUAAUAAACAUUGCAUUUGAUUCAUGUAUCUAAGUGAGUAUAUAUACAGCAUGGAGGGCGACUUAAUGAAUAUCAAAAUGCAUCAUGGAGGUUCUUUUUCAAUGGAAGGUCCACUUACUUAUGAUGGAGGCGAAGUAUCGAUUUUUCGAGACUGUGAUAGUGAGCGCGUAUCAUACUUUCGGCUAGUUCGCAUGGCUAAAGACGUAGGUUUCCAGGAUGGUGAUGAGUUAUACUAUACCAUCCCUGAGUGUAGACUUGAUGUCGGAAUUGAUCUACUUCAUGAUGAUAAUUCUGUUCUUAAGAUGUUGAACUUCGCAAAGAAAAACAACUUUGCUGAGAUAUAUAUUAAGCAUAAAGGUCAUCAAAGCAUUCCUGUUAAUCAAGGAUCUGGUCGAGGCAACAAGGAGAAAAUGGCAGAGGAGAAUACAAAGUCAAAGAGGAGCAAAUUAACAUCCAAAAAAAGAGACAAGAGAACAUGGACAGCCGAGGAGGAGAAGUUACUUAUUGAUAUUCUCCAUCAAAUGAACGACUCUUCUUGGAAAGUAGACACAGGUCACAAGUCUGAGUAUCUCACUUACAUUGAGAAGGAAAUGGCUAAAGUACUACCACAUGCUGAUCUCAAAGCUGAUCCACACAUCAAGUCAAAAGUGAAGAUUCUGAAGAAGCAACUUUCAUAUGUCCUAGAAAUUAUGCAAAAUGGCAGUGGGUUUGGAUGGGACGACGAGAUGAAGAUGGUAGUUGGAGAUAGAGACACCUAUAUGGGUUGGGCAAAGUCCCGUGAGGGAGCAGGUCCUUUGUACAUGAAGCCCAUGGUCAAUUUUGACAAACUUUGUGAGGUGUAUACCAGUGAUUUGGCUCAAGGAGGAAGUGCGAAGGGUCCUGGAGAACAUGAAGUGGCAGAAGAUGAAUCUCCUGUAAAUGCAGAACCCACUAGUGAACCUAAUGAGAAGAAUGCUGCUCAAGCACGGGAUAACACCAACCCUUCAGGCAAUUCGAGGCAGGGUCGUAAGAGAACGUACCCAGAUGAUGAAGCAGCUGAGUUAGGACUUGUAAGUGUAUCUAAUACACUUGCAAAGUUCUUAGAAGCGGAGCAGGAGAAUGCAAAAACCAUGAGUGGUUUACAGAAGGCAUUGUUUCAUGAAGCCGAAGUUCAUGAGCAAACGUCAGCCAACAGAACCAAGUUACUUGAUGUUCUGCAGAAUCUGGAGGAUCUCACAGACGACGAAGUCGUCAUGGCUGUUCGUGUCAUUGGUCGUGACGCUGGACAAACAUAACUUUUCUUAAAGAUGCGUGAGAAGUACCAAGUGGUGUUUGUUCGUCAGGAGCUCGAGGCGGCAAAGAAGUAAAUUAUUCAUGAUCAGAUUUAGAAUAAUUCACUAUUGUUUGUUUGCUUAUUUUAAUUCUACAAUGGUACUAGUUUUGUGCUUUUUAGAACUCAUCAAUGGAGGUUAUUUUCAUA